AUGAAAAAAGUUGCUAUAUACGCCACGGCCACAACUGACAUUCCUUCUGGAAUACAGAAAGGCGUCCUGGUGAUGAUUGGAAGACGAGGCCACCACAAAUUACCAUACACUAAGAGAGGAUACCUUUUCCAACCCGAACCAAAGAUCGACCUAGCAACCGAAACCUAUGCAUCAGCUCCAUGGGCGCUACUAACAACUGACACCACAGUCAUACCUGUUGCGAAUCUAGGGAAAACGGAUAUCAAGAUAGCUAACAAAGAGCUGGUCGGAUGGCUACAAGAAAUCCCUCCACAGUCCCACCGUAUCAUGUCAAUGUUGACAGAUGACGAGACUGAAUUGAUGGAAGCUUUUGAUGACCCAAUUCCAUUCCAAAUAGGUUUUCAGGAUGAUCCAACAAAUGUCGAACUAGCUGACAUAUCCGACGAAUUUGGCCCAGAAAUCAAGGAAAAGGUUAUACAACUGUUGAAACAACACAGCCAACUCUUCCAAUCGGAGUUAGGACUCCUGAGAGGUUCCAGGAUGCCAAUUCCAUUCAAGGACGACAAUCUCGACGGUUUGAAAACUAGCCCAUAUCAGAUGAGCCACAGGGAUAGGGCCGCUUCCAAUGAGAUUUUGGAUGCUCUACAGAAGGAAGGACGAAUUGAACCAGUCCCAGAAAGUGAAACAUCAUCAAUAGCUUCACCUGGAUUUAUUGUCUGGCAAAAUGGCAAACCACGAUUCGUAGUAGACAUGAGGAAAAUCAAUGUAAAGUUACUACUCAAUUCUUACCCACUCCCACGACAGGACGACGUCUUCGAGGCGGUUGGUGGCUCCUGCAUAUUCUCAUCAAUGGAUAUCAGGAAAGAGUUCUUUCAACAACCCAUUGAUGAGAAAGAUCGUUGGAAAACUACAUUUAUCACACCACAUCACGGACUUGAAAGACUAAAGGUAUCUACCAUGGGCUUGGCUACAACACCUUCAUUUUUCCAGCAACGGAUGGAGAAUAUACUCAGACCAUACCUAUGGAAAACAGUUAUAGUGUCACCUGAUGAACAUCUCAACCACUUUGGAAAGCAAAUAAGGCUAGAGUGGUGUGGCAAGAAUGUGGCGCCCUUUCGAGACCCUAACGUCUCGUAG